AUGGCCGCUGCCGUCCGGUCCGUGUGGGCGGACAACUUCGCCGCCGAGUCGGCCAUCCUCCGCGCCGUCGCGCCAUGCGCCGUCUACGCCGCCAUUAACGUCCAGUAUCCAGGCUGCGUCGUUUCCGCCGCUGGCGGCGCCGGCGACCACCGCUGCUACUACGACCUCACCGCCGAGGAGCGGUACCAGGUGGUGAGGGCGAACGCGGACGAGCUCAAGCCCCUCCAGCUCGGCCUCGCCGUGCGCACCGCCGACGGCGGCCGCUUCGCCUGGGAGUUCAACCUGAACGAGUUCGACCUCGCCGCCGACGGCGACAUGUGCGAGCCGGGCUCCGUCGACUACCUCCGCCACCGCGGCAUGGACUUCAACGCCCUCCCAUGGUCGGGCGUCGGCGCCGCCAGCCUCGGCCGCCUGCUCUGGAGCUCCGGCCUCCUCGCCGCGCGGCCGUCGUGGGCCACCUUCGCCGGGGCCUACCACGUCGCCUACUUCGCCAGGAUCUUGAUGUUGCUGGCCGGGGAGCUCAGGGGCCCGCUCGCCGACGUUGCGAGGCAGCUCGGCGCCGCUGUCCCAGCCGACGCGGCCGCCGCGGGGCUCGCCGGCGCCGGCGCCCUCAUGGCGCUGCAGGCUUUCGAAGCCCUGAGGGAGCAAUGCCGCGGCGUGAUGCCUCAUCGUGGAUUGCUAUGUGGGAUUCAAGCAAGCUAG